GGAAGAACCGGGGAGAUGGCGACAGCGACCCAUGGGCUUCCCGCGACUUCCAACUUUUGCUCUUUCCCAAACCCCAAACGGCGCCUCUUCUACCUCAAGAAGGAAGGAAGCUGGUGACCCAAGCCAUCGGUUGAACCGUGCACUCCCAAUACUCGCACACACACACGGCAGGUGCAGGUUGUCGCUACGUACCUUGGUCACUGCCGCAUUGAUUGCCCACCCAUGGGCAGUGUGCCAGUCAACCACACUUGGCCGGAGUCUCCGUCUCUUCCUCUCUCUUCCCCCUUCUUCCUGCAUAUCCAAUACCUACAGAUACUCAACCAUCGUCAUCAACAACGACUAACAAGACGCUAUCUUCUCAACGGCACUGGUGAAUCAACGGACAAGCCGCCAUCAACAUCUCGCGAAUCACAGCUGAUGUGGAGACGAGUAGCCGAGUGCAACUGCAUCUUCACUAUUUUCCCCCUCUUCCCGAGUCCCAAGAGAUCCGGCCUGCGACACGCACACCAAGAACCGGACCACCAACCACAGUUGCGGCCACACGGCGUAGCAAUAAAUGCACAUCACGGUCCCGCAGAGACGGGUUGGCCUCGACCCCAAUGUGACGUGGGCCAACUGAUGGAUCCUCAAUGCGCUUCUUCAAUUCAAUUGUCCUCGCAGGCUCGCAUCAUUCAUUGCCAAACAUCCGCGCCACAGCUGAGCGAGGACCCUAUGUCUUAUCACGCCGCUUAUAUGCUGCUCUCCAGGGACACCUCUAUUCUGGGUUCACCUGCUUUCUCUGACAUUGGAUCGCGAUUUCGACUUCGUGCUUCGCUUCAUUCCAUCGUCAUCCUCGUCGCCUCGUCUCUUACGCUUUACCUCUGUGACUAGAGGUUGGGCAGGCGGUCAUCCCAGAGAUGUUCGUAUGAUUGACAGCUUCCGCUCAGACGCUUAGAUGACUGCAUUGCAGCCACACCUACCGCCACUGCCGACCGGCCCGCCUCCUCCAGACUGCCAGCAUCGGCAACGAGGACAACGACAGUGCGUUGAGUGUUCGGCGCCUCCCCACCGGAUGAAAGCCCAGUGCCGGGAUGUGGAAAAACGCCCGCGCGUGGAAUCUGUCAUUGUCAAGCUCCACCUCCU